AUGUCUGCUGGAAUGAAGACAAUGAUUUUGCUGCCUUUCCUGUGCAUCAUGCUCUCACACAUGGCUGCAGGUCAGGAGUGCAGCAACCAGUGCUCGUGCCCCUCCACCCCCCCUCAGUGCCCCCUAGGAGUAAGCCUCGUGCUGGACGGCUGCGGCUGCUGCAGGGUGUGUGCCAAACAGAUGGGAGAGCUCUGCACUGAGAAGGACCUCUGUGACCCCCACAAAGGCCUCUACUGUGACUUCGGAGCCCCCAUCAACAGACGCAUCGGAGUGUGCACAGCUCGAGAUGGAGCCACCUGUGUGUUCGGAGGCAUGGUGUUCAAGAGCGGAGAGUCUUUCCAGAGCAGCUGCAAGUACCAGUGUACCUGUCUGGAUGGAGCUGUGGGGUGCGUCCCACUUUGCGCAAUGGACGUCCGCCUGCCAAGCCCCGACUGCCCCAUGCCAAGACGCGUCAAGGUGCCCGGGAAGUGCUGCGAGGAAUGGGAGUGUGAUUCUCCCAACAGACACAGCUUCAUGGGCUCUGCUUUGGCCUCUUACAGAGAGGAAGAGACCUAUGGCCCCGACCUCUCCAUGAUGAGGGAGAACUGCCUGGUUCAGACUACUGAAUGGAGCGCGUGCUCUAAGACUUGCGGCCUUGGGGUCUCCACCAGGGUCACCAAUGAUAACCGCGAAUGCCGCCUGGAGAAACAGAGCCGGUUGUGUAUGGUGCGACCAUGCGAGUCACAGCUGGAGCAGAGCAUUAGGAAAGGGAAAAAGUGCAUCCGUACUCCCAGACUCUCCAAGCCCAUGAAGUUUGAGAUCUCCGGCUGCACCACCACCAAGUCCUACAGGCCAAAGUUCUGCGGCGUGUGCCUGGACGGCCGCUGCUGCACCCCCCACAGAACCACCACCCUGCCCAUGGAGUUCAAAUGCCCAGAUGGACAGUUCAUGAAGAAGCACAUGAUGUUCAUCAAGUCCUGCGCCUGCCACCACAACUGCCCCGGCGAGAACGACAUCUUCGAGUCUAUGUACUACAAGAAGAUGAUGGGAGACAUGGCAUGAGCCACUUAAAGAACGAUCGCAGCUUAUGACUUGAAAAACAAAACUCCAUCUCAUUUUGCAGCUCAUUAUAUAUGUCUAUGUUUUAUUUUCUCAUUGUAAAAGUAGUCCAGACACUUGUCUAAGUGUCGGUGUGUUUUGUACGGCUGGCGCACAUCAGCCCAUAGACUCAGACAGAGGGUUGCAUAGCAGCUCCGAGAGAUUCCUGCACUAUAACUUCUAUUUUUGACAAACCUACUGUCGGGUUGCUGCCCAUUCCCCUUGAAACCCCUUUAACAGACCCGUCCUUUUUACUGUAUUUUGUAUACCUUAUCUAAACCAUGACCUCCUCUCUAAAUGAGGUGUCUAAUAACUCCCCCCACCCUAAGAGCCCAGACCAGACCUGGAAACUCUAAGCAGCUGUAGACCACAGCAGGCCAGUGUUCCCCUGAGCAAACAGGUCUGAAUGUGUCCUGUGUGUGUGUGUGUGUGUGUGUGUGUGUGUGUGUGUGUGUGUGUGUGUGUGUGUGUGUGUGUGUGUGU